AGCGCAGGUUCACGGGAUGGUUCUGCCAUGCGCGUGGUGACCUGUUCGACGCGACCGCAGGCCCCAGCCCUCUCUAUCGUACACGCCUCCGAAGAACUCGUUCCGGCACGGCAACAUUCCCGAGUCUAGAAUGCUCGCAGCAGCACGACGAGCCGUUCAGCGCAACCUGAUAGGGGUACGGCGCCGGAUCCCCAAACACCAGACAGCUGCAGCGGAUGGAGACAUGUCCGUGACUUUCAUUCUGCCCGGAGAAACCUUGUUGUUUCCGCCUGGCUCGCAAAGGAAAAGUCUGCGCGACAUCGCCCAGCCUCCAAUAACAUCAGGGAUACUAUAAUAUCGCAAUUCUGUUAACUUCCAAAUCUCGUAGAGGACAAGAAGCUUACGCCCUAAUUGUUCGUGGCUGCCAAAGUCGGAACGCCGUCAUUGGCAGACACCGCGGCAUGGGCAUUCUUUCCAUGACGGAUGCUGGCGACGAAAGUGACAAAUAAUGCCAGCGGCCCUUCCUUGCGGUCGGCAACCUGGAUGA